UUAUGUGCUUUUUAUGUAUUCAUCAUUGUGAUGACUGUGCUUUUCAAACUGAUAUCGUUUUCUUUUUAGUUUAGCUGAUUUUAUUUCUUUUUGUGUGUAAAGUGUUUCGUUUUUGGAUGUAAAUUCGUUUAUCUACGCGUUUAAAUCCGAUUUAAAUGUUUUAAGUAGUUACACAGUGUCGAGGUCGCCUAAACCUAGCUUAUCUACCGCAAAACGGAUUACCACCGCAAGUGGACUUUGACCAGUCUCACGGAGGCAUUGUUCAAGAGGGCUGCAACUCAAUAAUUGACUUGUAAUGUUGCGUGUUCCAAGAUCCUCGCUGGGCCUGACCUUUUGCCGUGGAAAGGCCACCCGUCCGACGUCCGGCGAUGACUACCAGUACAUGCAGCGUACGCGCAUUCCGAUGCUUCACUUCCAACCUUCCCUGCCGAGGCUUCCGAUUCCGGCGUUGGAAAAAACCUGCGAGCGAUACUUGGCCGCCCAGCAGCCACUGUUGAUCGAAGAAGCGUUCCGCAAGACCAAGGACAACGUCGAUCGUUUCCUCACCACGACCGGGCCUCAGCUGCAGCAGUUGCUCAAGGCGAAGGACGCCAAGAAUAAGCACACCAGCUACAUUUCGGAACCCUGGUUCGACAUGUACCUGCGGGACCGUGUUCCGCUGCCCAUCAACUACAAUCCGCUGCUGAUGAUGAACCCGGACGCGAGGCCAGCCUACAACGAUCAGCUGGUGCGAACCACCAACCUGGUCGUGAGUUCGCUCCGCUUCAUGAAGAGUCUGCGCGCCCAACAGCUCGAACCGGAAGUGUUUCACCUUAAUCCGGCCAAGAGCGACACGCACACGUUCCGCACGGUCGCCUCGAUGACGCCGUCCUUCAUCUCCACGUACGUGGCGUACGCGUUCAAGGCGUUUCCGCUGGACAUGAGCCAGUACCAGGGACUGUUUGGAGCGACGCGCAUUCCGGAAACGGACAAGGAUCGGAUCUACAGGAAUGAGGACUCGCGCCACUUGGUGGUACUGAGAAAUGGCAAUUUCUACUCCGUUGACGUGCUGGAUGAAGCAGGAAACAUUGAAUCUCCGGAGACACUGUUGGCACGCUUCCAGCACGUGUUGUCCGACAAUCGACCUCCGGCGGAGAACCCGCUAGGGCUGCUUACAACCGAAAAUCGUGACACGUGGGCCAAGAUACGGUACCACUUGAGCGAAAUUGGCAACGAAAAAGCGCUGCGUAUGGUGGAUUCGGCCCUGUUUUGUCUCUGCCUGGACGACAGCAGCAUCGACCCGGAACGGCCAAUCCCGAUGAUUCGAAACUUCCUGUUCGGCGAAGGCAACAACCGGUGGUUCGACAAGUCCUUCUCGCUGAUCGUAGCCAAAGACGGAACUGCGGGCAUCAACUUUGAGCAUUCGUGGGGUGAUGGAGUUGCGGUUCUGCGUUACUUCAACGAAAUCUACAAGGAAACCACGCAGAACCCGUUUGUCCACCCGGGACUGCAGCCGAAAGAUUCGAGCAAAAGCGAAGACGUGGUCAAGUUCAUCGAGUUCAAAGUGGACGAUCGGAUUCGGGACGGAGUCAUCGCCGCCCAAAAUCAUCACAACGCCAUCAUGGACUCGCUGGACAUGAACUACCUCAAGUACGACGGAAUCAACAAAAACGUAUGCAAACAGAAACGCAUCAGCCCGGACUCGGUGAUGCAGCUCGGAUUCCAGCUGGCGUUCUACAAACAGCACGGAAAGUUCGUGGCCACGUACGAGUCCUGCAGCACGGCAGCCUUCCGCCACGGCCGUACGGAAACCAUGCGACCUUGCACGGUGGCCACCAAGGAGUUCUGCGAAACGAUCGAACGCAAGCAGAACCCGGCGUCGGCCGCCGAACUGCGCCAGCUCAUGGACAACUGUUCUGCGGUGCACGGUCAACUCACGAAGGAUGCCGCCAUGGGUCAGGGCUUCGACCGACACCUGUUUGGUCUUCGUCACACGGCCCAGUCCAACGACAUCGCACUGCCUUGCAUCUUUGAGGAUCCGGCGUACGCCGCAAUCAACCACAACAUCCUUUCCACCAGUACGCUGUCGUCGCCUGCCCUGCUGGCCGGAGGAUUUGGCCCCGUUGUCAAGGACGGAUACGGCAUCGGGUACAACAUUCAGGAAGGGUUCCUGGGCAGCGUCGUCACGAGCUACAAGCCGGACCGCGACGGGGUCGAGUUUGUGCAGUGUUUGCGCGCGGCGUACGAGGACAUUGCGAAGGUGCUGAACGAGUCGAAACCGACCAAGUAAAGCGUGGCGCGCAAUGGUGGUUAUGGAAUUGCAAUAUUCGCUAGGUUUACAGUUUUAAACUGCAUGUUGUUUUGUAUCGCAUUUUAGAGCCUUUUUGAGUAUUUCGUUAAUAAAAAUUUAAACAAUUGAAA